GCCUCCUCACGCUCGCGACUGGCUCGAAGAGAGGCUUCUUUCUCCCCGUUUACACACUUACGCCGAGGAGGAUUCACGGUUGCAUGUAAUCUGUCUGAUGUACACUUCGCGAGUCAACAAAAUUCCCUGCAUCCUGACAAGCGCUUCGCUAUCCCCGGAUCCCCAAAUGAAAUGCUUUGGGUUGGCUCCGUCGAUGUCGCGUCUCACUUGCUCCCGUGCUAUCGACUACAACCAUGGGCCUUGCACUGAGCGUGCUCGCGGCGGCGUAUGCCCUGUGGAAAGCGUACAGUGUGCUCUCAGCGUGGUACUUCCGUACGAGGCUCUACUACUACCCCGCCUCGCCAGUAUCUGUAACAGUCAAGGACACGGGAGGGAAGGUUUACAGUGAAUCAUUGCGGACGUUCGUCGAGACUAGAUGCCCCAGUCUAUUCAGAGAGUUCCGGCCAGUGUGGUGGUUAUUCAGUGGUCACCAGCAAACUGGCUAUUCGGUUAUUGGGGAUUUCACCAAGAUAGACAAGGUAGAAUAUGAGAGGACGCUUCUACGCACAUUGGAUGGUGGCACGAUAGGACUGGACUUCACACCUCCAGAAAGCAAAGAGAAGCUACCAGACGAGACACCAAUUGUCGUCGUCAUGCAUGGCUUAACUGGGGGAUCAUAUGAGUCAUAUGUACGAGCUGUCCUUGCCCCCGUGUGCACGCCAAAGGGGCAGGGCGGGCUUGGCUACAGAGCCACUGUGGUCAACUUCCGUGGAUGUGCAGGAAUCCCGAUUACUAGUCCACAACUGUACUCAGCUGGACAUACUGAGGACAUUCGGGUUGCAGUGUAUCACAUCACGAAGCGCUAUCCGCGAGCCCUUCUGCUCGGGUUGGGCUUUUCGCUUGGCGCGAACGUGCUCACUCGAUACCUGGCGGAGGAGGGAGAGAACAGCAGGCUUUCAUCUGCAUGCGUUCUGGCUUGUCCAUGGGAUCUGCUCAAGAACAGUGAAGCGCUCGAGGGCGGAUGGUUCCAUCGCACGGUCUAUUCUAGCGCGCUAGGCUCUAACCUGCAGGGCAUCGUCAAGAGACAUGCGGAUUCUCUCAGCAAGUUCAAGGACCACCCAGUUGGCCAAGCCGUCGCGCCCUGCGUCGCACUCAAAUCUCCCACCAUGGAGAUGUUCGACAACACAUUCAACCGCAUCGCAGGCGGGUCGAUGCCACCAUUCCCGUUUCCGGACGCGCAGGCGUACUAUGUCUGGGCGUCGAGCCACCACGUCCUCCCUCGCGUGCGCGUGCCGUUCCUCGCGCUCAACUCGGAGGACGACCCGAUCGUGCAGGUGCUCCCUAUCGAGGCGGGCGGGAAUGAGUACGUCGUGUUUGCGGUGACGAAGAAGGGCGGGCACCUUGGGUGGUUUGAGGCGGGGAAGCGGAGGUGGUUCACGAAGCCGGUAAUGGAGUGGCUGAAGGCGGUCGGCGAGGACAUGGUGGUGGGGAACAGAGAUGGCAAGCCAAUUUAUGAGGUCGAUGGGUUCCUGAAGGAGGAGGGCCGCGAUGAUAUUGGAUGCAUGGAGAUUGAGCGAGGCCGUCGCGUUGUCGAUGUGGAGGCCCAGGAUGGCGUUCUCUCUGGUCUAUGACCGUGCUGCAUU